UUCAGAACAACGGUUUCAUUCCAACAAGAUGCAGAAAUGACUAUGUUGAUCGUUACUAUAUAUAGGAUGGGGUGCCUGAAUGCCGGGUGCCUGAGGAUGGAGUAGACGAUGCAACCUCUACCGAACAACACGUCUCGAAAGAGUGACUGCUGGUAUCUUUUGAGCUGGGGUUUGGAGAUAACCGAUUGUAACAAUACUCUUGCUGGGAGUAUCCCUUGGUAUAUAAGAGAAGGGAAGUCGAUACAAUUGAUGAACACAAACCACUUUCAAACGCCUCUAUCCAAGCAGCUUUCUGUCUACGAUUGUGUUAACUAUCAAAUUGUCAAAUACCUCCGAGAUGCAAUUCACCACCACUUCUGCUAUCACUCUCAUCGCAUUUGCGUCCUCGGUAGCUGCAUCUCCUCUUGAAGCUCGUCACGAUGCGCUGGAAGAUUGGCAGGUAACAGACCUCGCAGUUUCCGUACCCAUGGGUCGCCCCGGAAGCUAUCCUUGGGGUACCCUUAAGGCGAAUAUAACCGACCCGAAUGCGAUCAACCUUGGUACUUCGAGCGAUGGUAGCCAAAUGAUAGUGCCUGCUGGAAGCAAGGGGGUGGUAAGUUUCGCAUGGUGAUCUUUGCGUUCGAUGCCAUGCUAAUAGGAAUACUAGAAUUGCGAAGCCAAAUGGUAUAUC